AUGUUAGCAGAGGCUCGUUUUAAAUUCGCCCUUGAUUGCCUGAAGAAGUGUAUCAUGAUGAAGCCAAAAAAUAAUAUUUUUUUUAGCCCGCAUCUCUUAUAUCAUACUCUACUCUUGGUAUAUUUCGGUUCUCUCUACGAUUUGGAAUUUACUCUUAGGCAGAUUCUCCAUAUUCCUGAUAACAUAUCAAAACAGACUAUUGAAGAAUAUUAUACCAAUGGAGGAGUCAAUAAUUUUUGUUACAUAGAAAAUGGACCCGAGAACUCCUAUACGUGUCGAAUUUAUUAUAAAAUUAUAAUUGAUAUUUCAAAAGGGUUGUUUAUCGAGACAUUGAACUUACAUUCAGCUACUAAUUCUGUGAAGGAAUGCAAUUUUAAUAUGCGUCCCGAUCUCGUAAGGGAUUUCAUCAAUAAUAUUGUUACGUGCACGACGCAAAGGUGCAUACAAAAUUUGCUACCACCGAACAGUAUCGAUAAAAAUACUGAAAUAAUCAUAUUGAAUACGAUCUACUUUAAGGGUCAAUUUGACGAAAAUUAUAAUAAUUUUGAUACCCAAAAUCAAUCCAAGGAUAUGCUUUUAGCCAAACACUACAAAUCUGAGCAGUUAGACGUAUUUAUUACAGAGCUGCCUUGCAAAGAAAAGAAGAUAUCAACGUUUCUCUUGUAUCCAUCAAACCAGUCGGAGUUGGACGAAAAUAUUUUAAUAGAGAUUCAAAAACUGAUCAAAUUGAUAGAACAACUAACGACUGAAGAAGGAUUUCGAGAACUUCGUAAAUUGCUGGAUGAUGGGAUACAAGAAAUGGUGUUUCCAAUUGUAAUCAACAAUCUCACGUUCGAGUAUAACCUGCCAAUAUAUAAACUAUUAGACAUGCUGGGCAUUCCAGAUUUUACGCCCGAUUUAUGUACGGCCCAACUACAUGAUUAUAGUUCUGACAGCAUGAAACUAGGCGACAUCGUGCAUCGUGUCAAUGUUAACCUGACGAAUAAUAAUAUCACGGCGACCGCGAGUAACGUAUUGUUCACUUACAAUGCUUGUAAACACACGCAAAAAAUCCCCGAGACUGUGAAUGCUAUGUUCCCGUGUAUCUGCUUGAUUUACGAUAGAUCACAUCGCAACAUCCUUUUCUGUGGCAUGUUAUGGGAAAACUAA